AUGAUUAAACAACAGCAACUUAAGGCGCAAAGCGCCCAGGUCCUUCAGACCAUUACAUACGCCAUAUAUGCAUAUAAUUCAAAGACGGCAGAACAAACGCAAAGGUUGAAAUAUGGAGAUUUGGAGAUAGUAUUGAAAAAUGACCAUUUCGAAUUCGUUUGCAAAGGUGGUGCAGUGAUAUCAAACAUAAAAGAAAUUUUAUUUAUGAAUUCUAAAAUUAAAGGUAUAACGGAUGAUAUAACAUCAAUUCCACCAGAAGAACAGAGAUAUUACGCAUUAAAUGCAUUUCCUAAAGUUUUGAAGAUUGGAAGAUUUAAUUUAAAUGAGGAAUUCAUAGAAGGUUUCCUAAAUGACAUAAUGAAGAAGGUGGAUAAGGAAUAUGUGGAUAGUGAGUUAAUAAAGAAGGUGGAUAAGGAAUACGUUAAUACUGAAUUAAAUAAGAAGGCAAAUUUGGUUUAUGUUGAUGAAAAAGACAAUGAAAUUAAAGAAAAGGUUGAAUGGUAUCAUGAAUGGACAUUGGAGACUUUUAAAGUUAAAGCUGAUACAGAAUGGGUUUCAGGAUGUUUAGACCUUAAAGCAGAUAAAACAUAUGUUAACAAUGAGUUAAUGAAGAAGGUGGAUAAGGAAAAAGUUAAUACUGAAUUAAAUAAGAAGGCAAAUUUGGUUUAUGUUGAUGAAAAAGAUAAUGAAAUUAAAGAAAAGGUUGAAUGGUAUCAUGAUGGACAUUGGAGACUUUUAAAGUUAAAGCUGAUACAGAAUGGGUUUCAGGAUGUUUAG